GGGGGGGGUGGGGCGCCGAGCGCGCGGGGUGGGGGGGGUCCUGGUCUUUGGCUUCUCGACUCGGUCCUGUUUCGACAGCGAACAUGUCUCGGCCUGUCAGAAAUAGGAAGGUCGUUGAUUAUUCACAGUUUCAGGAAUCUGAUGAUGCUGAUGAAGAUUAUGGAAGAGAUUCAGGCCCUCCAGCUAAGAAAAUUCGGUCAUCUCCCCGAGAAGCUAAAAAUAAGAGGCGAUCUGGAAAGAAUUCACAGGAGGAUAGCGAGGACUCCGAAGAAAAAGAUGUGAAAACCAAGAAGGACGAUUCUCACUCAGCAGAGGACAGUGAAGAUGAAAAAGAAGAUCAUAAGAAUGUACGCCAGCAACGGCAGGCAGCCUCUAAAGCAGCUUCCAAGCAGAGAGAAAUGCUCAUGGAAGAUGUAGGCAGCGAAGAAGAACAAGAGGAAGAGGACGAGACGCCAUUCCAGGAGAAAGAUUCCGGCAGUGAUGAAGAUUUCCUAAUGGAAGAUGAUGAUGAUAGUGACUAUGGCAGUUCAAAAAAGAAAAACAAAAAGAUGGUCAAGAAGUCCAAACCUGAGAGAAAAGAAAAGAAAAUGCCCAAACCCCGGCUAAAGGCCACAGUGACGCCAAGCCCUGUGAAAGGCAAAGGGAAGGUGGGGCGCCCCACAGCUUCAAAGGCAUCAAAGGAAAAGACUCCUUCUCCCAAAGAAGAAGACGAGGAACCAGAGAGCCCUCCAGAAAAGAAGCCCUCGGCCAGCCCCCCACCUGAGAAAUCAGGGGACGAAGGGUCUGAAGAUGAAGCCCAGUCUGGGGAGGAUUAAAAAAGUGAUGAUGGUUUGGGGAGAGAUUUUAUUAAAAAAAAGAGAAAAAAAAAGAAAAAAGAAAAAGGGGGGAAAAAAAAGAAAACCUACUUAAGAUAGAACAUGGUUUUGGCUAUGGCUUGACUCAUGGGCUUUCAGUGCUUUUUUCCUUUUCUUGAAAAUAACAUUCUCUCUGUCUUUUUUUAAGAAAACCAUUGUAAGUUUAAUUUCCCUUUUUGUCUGUUGGUCCUCUCUUCGCCAUCACCCAUCUUUCCCACCGCUUCCCAGUGAAAGCCAUGUCAGAAUAAUCACUGGAUUGACGGCUUUACCUUUUUUAUUUUUAAUGGAAGGUAUACCACAGUUGUAAAGCAAUAAGAUUUGAGAUGAACACUACGGAAAUUUUGCUUAUUUUGCUAAAUGGUAGAAAAUGAACCGUAAUCAAAAAACAUAGAAGGGUUUUAGUUAAAAAUGAUUGCUUCUCUCUCUACCUGGACUUAAAAAAAAUCAGCUGUCAUCUAAUACAAGUUUAUAUGUCUAUAUACAUAAGUAUAGAUGUCUAAAAAAUCAUGAUGUUAAACUUCCCACUGAUGGGGCAGGUAGAACAUAAAGAUGAAUUCUGAAUUGUUACUAAAAGUAUUCCUAUUUUUUACCUUGGGGGCAAGGCAGGGCGUGGUGUUACCUGACCUUGUUUGAGGGUGUGGUUUUGGGGGGGGUUGUUUUGUUUUUUGGUGUUUUUUUUUUGGGUUUUUUUGUAAAUUUCAUCACUUGUUAUCUCAAAGAGACCCGGAGCCAGUGAUUCUUUUAUCCUGCUACAGUCUUUCAGGAACUUUAAAAGAACCAAAAAAAAAAAAAAAAAGGCAAGGGCCACCAAAACUUAAAUCAGUCUUGAUUUCCUAUUUCAUUCUCUAAUGGUUCAUGUUUUUAAGUAUAUAUGUAUCUAUUCUGUUUCUUGGAUGAAAUUACCAAGGAUCAAAAAAAAAAAAAAAAAAAAGAAAAGAAAAGAAAAAAACCUUUAGGAUUUAAACAGCAAGAUCUAUACACCAGAGUGGAUUUCUUCUUAACUGACAAUGUUUAGGUUUUAAGCAAAUAAAGUACCAAUUAAUGUGAAACUCAA